CGUCGUGCUGCCGCCGAGGGAGAGCGACUCAAGAAGGAGGCCGCCGCCAAGGAACGCGAGGUCCAUGAUCUCAAGAAGCAGCUCGAGGCCUCGAGGCAGUCGGGUGGCGGGGCCGCGGCGACGCAGGUCGACAGCUCUGGUGACAAGCCCGUCGGCUCGGAGGCUGACAAGGCGGCGCUCGAGCAGCUCACUGCUGCCAUCGCCGCCAUCGGGGACGCCCCUGACGAGCUCCUGGUGUCGCACAAGGCAGCUAUGGUGGCGGAGCAAGAGAGGCUCAGGGCCAAGAUCUUGGCCGACAAGCCGAUCGGCGCUCGCCUCCACCUCCUCACCAACCGCUGCACGGCGCUUGAGAAGAAGAAGGAGCGCCAGCUCGCCGCCUUGGACAAGCUCCACGCGCAGAUCCACGAGAUCCAGAUGGCUGUCGCCGAAGCUGAGAAGGCGCUGCUGGAGACGUCCAAGGAGCUCGUGGCCGCGGAGGCGGACAGGCGCAGCGCCGCGGCGCUGGCGCCUCGCCCAGAGGCAGGCGUCUACUCUCUCAAAGCGACGAUCCCCGCCCUGGACUUGUCGGUCGCCGAUGUUGGCAAGAUGUUGGAGGCGAUCGGCGCGGAUUCGUCGUUGGCCGAGUCAAUCCAGGCUAACUUCGCGAAGUUGCGCGAGCUCGAUGCUGCUGCAGCGGCGCGAAGUGCAGAGGCUGACGACGACGCCGUGCUUCUUCCAGUCCCUGCCGACGACGGCGACCUGGCCGAGCUGCAAACCUUCUACCGUGAGGUCUUCGACGCUGAGCCCCCUG